AAAAGAUGUUUCUUUCUUUCAAGUAUAAGCAUGUUUAAACAAGUUAUUAAUUAUCAUUUAUCAAAGGCCAAUAUAUCAACCAAAUCAAAUAAUUAUCACAUCAAUAACUUUCUAAGCAAACUACUUUAAUUAAUAAUGUCUUAUUGAAACCACAAGUCACAAGUAUGAAAAGAAAUAAAAAUCCUAAAGGUUAAAAGUAUUAAAUACAAAGCAAGUGUCACAUUCCUCAACAUUAGGUACAAAGAAAACAUAUAAUAAUAAAUAAAUAAAUACAUUGUAGUGUACGCUAUAGGGGAUUUACACUAUUUUGCUACGCUACGUAGCGCUCUAGCUACACCUCGAUACAAGUGCUAUUUGAAACAUUGAUCCAUGUUACAUUAUGUAAACUGGUUCCUAAAGUCAUUCACACCUUGAGUUUUUCCAGCUGGAGUUACUUGUUUUGAGUAAGCACUUUUUUCCCCCCAGCUUUUUUUGACACAGAAUCAGGGAUCUAUUUGUUGCUAUUUCUUACUACUUAAAUGCAGUUAUUUGUUAAAAAAUGGCAUAUUUCAUAUGUAUGCUUGUAAUCUUGUGCGUUUCAUUACCAUAAUGGUUGCAUACUAGUCCUUUUCUGAUUUGAAGCUUAAGGAAUGCAGCCAGUUUCCUGAUAAAAGGGAUCAGCUUAUGAGCUUUCCAUUACAACGAGUUAUUGUUCAGAAAGGCAGCUUGGCAAAACAGAGGAUUUUAGUGAAGGGCUCUUAGCGACACGUGUUAAAUUCCUGGCCUGUAAAUUGGUCACCGAUGGACAAACGAAGUGGUUCUAGUCUUUUUGUUAAUGAUGGGUCCUUUAUGGAAAAGUUUAAACAGCUUCAACAAGAGAAGAAGGUGAAGGAGGCGGAGGCAUCAGAGUCUAAAUCUGGCAUAACAUGCAAUUCAUCGGGGUCUUUAAGGCCCAAUGCUACCAGUAGUAAGAUUGCAUUGGAUGAUAAAACAAAUGACGUCCGGAAGUCUAUCCCAUCCACUUCAAAUGGCAAACUUGCAUUCAGCUUGAAACAGAAGUCAAAGCUUACAGUAGCUCCUGUUAAGUUAGGUGCAGAUGAAGAUGAUGAUGAAGGGGAUACAGGAAAUGGGCUCAGCGACGGACCAGCAAAACGGCAGAAGUUGGGUCAACCAGAUGUCUCCGGGACUUCGUCGGACGAAGGGGAUGUUGCACCAUCUCCCCCAAAUGAUCCUGCAGUGAAGAAAGUUGCAGACAAGUUAGCAAGUUUUGUGGCAAAAAAUGGACGACAGUUUGAACAUGUUGCACGUCAAAGGAAUCCUGGAGAUACACCUUUUAAGUUUCUAUUUGAUGAAAGCUGUGCAAAUUACAAAUAUUACGAGCACAGACUAAUUGAAGAGGAGAAGGCUCUUGCACAGAUAAAUGAUUCUCAAGCAUCAGCCUCUACAAGUACAUCAUCUAGAACAUCAAGUGGGUCUCAGAGGAGUAAUGUUCAACACCAUUCUAAUUAUCAAAUCCCAGCUUCGGCCCUAUACGAGGCCAGUGAGGAUGCUAGGUCUUCUACAAGUUCAGUUCAAGCAACAUCAGUGGGAAGAGUGUCCUCUUAUGGUGAGUCAAGUGGACCUUCAGCUGCGGAUCCCAUUGCAAUGAUGGAAUUCUACAUGAAAAAAGCUGCUCAUGAAGAGCGUAGGAGGCAGCCUAGACAGUCAAAAGAUGAAAUGCCUCCGCCUGCUUCUCUUCAAGCUUCAGUAAAAAAGGGCCAUCACAUGGGCGAUUAUAUACCGCCUGAGGAGCUUGAGAAGUUUUUGUCUAGCUGCAAUGAUGCCGCUGCACAAAAAGCUGCUAGAGAGGCAGCAGAAAGGGCUAAAAUCCAAGCUGACAAUGUUGGGCAUAAGCUUCUAUCCAAAAUGGGAUGGAGAGAAGGUGAGGGUCUUGGCAGUUCCAAGAGUGGACGUGCAGAUCCAGUGAUGGCAGGAAAUGUAAAAUUGGACAACCUAGGGGUUGGAGCAGAACAACCUGGGGAAGUCACCCCUGAUGACGACAUCUAUGAGCAGUAUAAGAAACGGAUGAUGCUUGGUUACCGUUACAGGCCAAACCCACUGAACAAUCCUAGAAAAGCAUAUUAUUGAGUAGCCUUCUCUUGUAAGAAGGUAUAGGAGGGGGAGUAAAGAGUGAUUUCUUGUGGAAGUUUGAUGCGAAGUUAUUUCUACUGCAGCAGCGGUCAAGGAGUGGGGAAAAAGAAAGAUGGGGAUUUUGGUGCAACUGGAGUUCAAUUUGUGGAUGUAAAUCCUGCUUGGAUCAAUGUUUUUCAUUGUUGAAGACAAUUGCAUCUCUUUGAAGUUUAUUGUAUGUGAUCAUGUGCGUUUUCUCUUC